AUGGCAAAGCUACUUUGGCUGGUGCAGAAGCCGGUGUAUUUCCUGGGGAGGCAAUGGAACGGCAUCGACAUAGCUAGUGUCAUCACCCUUACUGUUUUUCAUCUCAUUGCUCUUCUGGCGCCUUUUUACUUCACCUGGUCUGCAUUUUGGUUGGGUGUAGCACUCUACUAUGUCACUGGUGUGGGAGUGACUCUAUCUUUCCAUAGAAAUCUCGCCCACAAAAGCUUCAAGCUUCCCAAAUGGCUUGAAUACUUCUUUGCCUAUUGUGCCGUUCAUUCGCUUCAGGGAAGUCCACUAGAAUGGGUUAGCUCGCACAGGAGUCAUCACCAGUUUACAGACACACCGAAUGACCCUCAUACACCUCUUAAGGGUUUCUGGUUCAGCCACAUUGGUUGGAUUUUUGAUUUUCGUAGACGUUUUGGGAGUUAUGAUGGAAGACUAUACAAUGUCGGAGAUAUGAAAAAACAAAGCUUCUACAGGUUUCUUCACUACACUUACCCAUAUCACUGUAUUGCUUGUGGAGUUGUACUUUAUCGCAUAGGAGGAAUGCCCUACUUAGUUUGGGGACUGGCUGUGAGAACAAUAUUUCUUCUCCAUGUAACAUUUUCAGUAAAUUCGAUUUGCCACAUAUGGGGAAAUCAAGUAUGGGAUACUGGUGAUAUGUCCAGAAACAAUUGGUUAUUUGGAUUGCUAGCUCAUGGAGAGGGUUGGCAUAAUAACCACCAUGCUUUUGAGUACUCAGCUCGACAAGGUUUCGAAUGGUGGCAAAUUGAUAUUACUUGGUAUUUGAUAAGGUUUCUUGAAAUUGUUGGUUUGGCAACGGACGUUAAGCUCCCGACUGAGCUUCAGAAGAGCCGAAAAGCUUUAUUGAACAAAGUCAGUAACAUGGAGCCGCAGGAGGGAAGGUUCGAAACAAAAGUGAAAUGA